AUGGAUAACUACACGCUGAAAUCAGUGUUGGAUUUACCUGCUCCUUUUCAUUCAAUCUAUGGUUUCAGAUACUUUAACUCAUUGCAGAGUGAAUGCUUCUCCGCUUGUUACCUUUCGGACAUAAACAUGGUUAUUUCAGCUCCUACUGGAAGUGGAAAAACGGUGCUCUUUGAGUUGUGCAUCCUGAGGGUUUUUUCGAGGUUCAUCUCUGCGGAGGAAAAACUGAUUCAUUUAAAGGGGACAAUGAAAACCGUCUAUGUAGCUCCAUCAAAGGCUUUAGUACAAGAGAAACUUCAUGAGUGGAACCAAAAGUUUGGGUCAUGGGGUAUUAAUUGCCUGGAACUGACUGGUGACAAUGAACAUUACAACAUGAGGAACAUACAGGAUGCAGACAUUAUUCUUACCACCCCUGAGAAGUUUGAUGCUGUAACUCGUUAUCGCAUAAAAGAUGGGGGCUUGGGCUUUUUUGGUGAUAUAGCCCUUGUGCUUAUAGACGAAGUUCAUCUGUUGAACGAUCCUCGUGGAGCAGCUUUGGAAGCAAUAGUUAGUCGGAUCAAAAUGCUUGCUCGCAAAACUGAAAUGAAAUCAAGUCCUCUAGCCCAUGUCCGCUUUCUUGCUAUAUCUGCUACCAUUCCAAAUAUUGAUGAUCUUGCUGAAUGGUUAAUGGUUCCCAAUCAAGGAAUUAAAAGGUUUGGGGAAGAAAUGAGGCCUGUAAAGUUGACUACCAAAGUCUUGGGAUACACCCCAGCAAAAAACGACUUCUUGUUUGAGAAGCGGCUUCAGAACUACAUAUUCGAUAUAUUAAUGCAAUAUUCUAGAGGGAAAUCUGCACUUGUCUUUUGCUCAACUAGAAAAGGAGCACAAGAAGCAGCUCAACGACUGGCACAAAUAGCAAUGACCUAUGGUCAUUCAAACCCUUUCACCAAAAGCAGAGAACAAGAGGAAAGGCUAAGGGAUGCUUCACUAUCAUGCAGUGACAAACAAAUGCAAUCUUACAUCCUCUAUGGUGUUGGUUAUCACAAUGGCGGACUUUCCAUGAAGGAUCGGAACCUUAUAGAAGGUCUUUUCUUGAAUGGCGAUCUGCAAAUUCUCUGCACAACAAAUACGCUUGCCCUCGGAGUCAACCUACCAGCUCACACUGUAGUAAUUAAGUCAACCCAGCACUUUAACAAGGAAAAGGGGAAAUAUAUGGAAUAUGACCGAUCCAUGAUACUGCAGAUGUGUGGAAGGGCAGGCCGUCCUCCAUUUGAUGACACUGGGACGGUUAUAAUCAUGACCAGGAAAGAAACGGUACAUUUGUAUGAAAAUCUGUUGAAUGGAUGCGAAAUGGUGGAAUCACAAAUGCUUCCAUGCAUGACCGAGCACCUAACUGCCGAGAUAGUUCAACUGACCAUCUCAGAUAUAACAAAGGCAAUUGAUUGGAUGAAAUGCUCAUAUUUGUAUGUGAGAAUGAAAAAGAACCCUGAGAUUUAUUCAGUGAAGAAAGGGCUCCCUGCUAACCGCAUUGAGAAGCAUAUGCAAGAAAUUUGUGUUCAAAAGAUUAAUGAGUUAUCACGCUAUCAAAUGAUCUGGACUGACGAAGACGGUUUCCUAUUAAAGCCACUAGAGCCUGGAAAGUUGAUGACAAAAUAUUAUCUGAAAUUUGAUACAAUGAAGCAUAUUAUGCUGGCACCUGCUAACUGCAGUAUAGAAGAUGCACUUCACGUAAUUUGCCGUGCAGAAGAAUUUGCCUGGAUACAACUCAGGCGCAAUGAGAAGAGACUAUUAAAUGACAUAAACAUUGACAAAGAUGGUCGGCUCCGCUUUCAUAUCCUUGAUGAUAAAGGAAAAGUGAAGAAGCGGGUUCAAACCAGAGAAGAAAAGAUAUUCAUUCUGGCAAAUGACUGCCUGACUGGGGAUCCUUUAGUACAUGAUUUAUCAAUGAGCCAGGACAUGAACUCUACAUGCGCAAAUGGGUGUAGAAUUGCAAAGUGCAUGAAAGACUACUUUAUCCAUAAAAAGAAUUAUAAGGGUGCACUAAAUUCAUCACUUCUGGCAAAAUCUUUACAUCAGAAACUCUGGGAUGAUAGUCCAUACUUGCUGAAACAAUUACCAGGCAUUGGGUUGGUGACUGCUAAGGCACUUCACUCAAUGGGCGUAAAUUCUUUUGAAACCUUUUCUGGUGCCGAUCCAAGGAAGAUAGAGAUAGUCACCGGUAGAAAAUUCCCUUUUGGUAACCACAUUAAGGAGUCGUUGCUAUCUCUGCCACCAAAUGUUGAGAUGAAAUUUGAGGAGACCACGUGCCAAAAGCAAGGGAAGUUCCAGCUAGUGGUAACACUAACCAGGCUAUCAGAAUCGGCACAACUAACUAAACGACAUUAUGCUGACAUGAUAGUUAGCAUUGAAGAUGACAACAUUAUCCUGUUCCAUGAAAAGAUAAGAGUGGAUGAAUUUUUGAGCCCAUAUAGUGCGAUAAUUCUACUACCAAGCCAUCAUCAAGGAAAACUCACUGUAAAUGCCGAUCUCAUGUUUGAAGAAUUCCUUGGUAUUGAUAUUCAUCAAAGCAUCAUAAUAAGAAAGGAGAAUGACUUCAAUGCUGCUCACAAGCAUGCAUCCAAGUAUGCUUACACCCCUCAGCAUAAAGAUGUGUGCAUCAUAAAAGAUGGCAAUGAUUGUCCAUCUCAAGCACUAGCUGGAGUGCCUAAUUCAAAUGAAUCCAAAGAACCGGCAGAUAAUAUGCCCACUUUCAGACUUCUAGAUGAAGACUCAGACGAAGGUGCAUCUCGUGUCGACACCGAGGAUGAUGAAUGCAAGAUUAUCACUGAAAAAACAGUAUUUGACCACAUACGAGAGAAGGCUAAGACUUUUCCUGCUUUGGAAAUCUCCAACAAUGCAUGUUCCCCCUCACUGGAGACCUUAACACUCAUCAGAAAGCGAACUCGUGAGAAGCAACUUGAACUUGAUAAUUCCUUUGAGAUCCUGGAAGAAAAGGGUACAAGUAAAGAUUCUCACGAGAUUCUGGUUAUUCCAACCGCUGAAUCAGGUGACCUGGAACCAUUCGUUGACAAAGAUGCAACUCCAGGCAAUUUUCUUGUGAGCAACACAGGUAACUGUCGUCCUGUACGUGAAGAUUUUGAACCUGAAACACUUGAUGAAGGAUCAAUUUUUGACCAUAUACGAGAAAAAGCUAAAACCUUCCCACUGCUUGGAAAUUUGAAGACUACUGAAUUCAAGAAUAGGUCUAAUCAUUUUAAUUCUGGAAAUGAGGGAACUGAAGUCCGUAGUCUUUACGAAGCCCCGCAAGAUCCUGUGAUUAUUUCACAUCCAGAUGCCAUGAGAAGAAUACCAACCGCUAAAGGAGUUACAGAGCAGGAAGACUUUCUGUUUUCUGGCAACUCGAGAGACAUUGGUGACAAAAUAGCUAUUGAUUCCAAAGCUACACUAAAUAUUAGCAAAGAGGCAAGAUCAAAUGAAGAGCCUGCUCCUGGGAUUCCGUUGGUAAGAAGACUAGUGAAACCUGUAGCUUGCACAGAGAGCAAUCAGCUUCGACCAUCUUCUCAAGCUUUACUUCACAGACAGUGUUCUUUAUUUGUGAAAUCGGGAGAGGUCAAGAAAGAAAAUUCCUUCCUAGGAUUUGAAAGUGUGUUUUCGUUUCUUUAAUUUGUUGCACUGCACAAGAUAUUUUCAGAAACUCAAUGAAGAAUGGUUCCAUUUAUUGGGUUCUCUAAUUUUGGCUGAAGGGUUCUGAUGCAGCAAGCGGAAUCGAAGUGAUCAAUUGUAAGGGACAGUAUGUGAGAGCCCUCUUCAUUUGCCCUUUUGUAGAACUUUACAACGCUUGAAGACUGUCGUUCAGCUGGCACUAUAGCUCGCCUUAUUUCUGUGAA